CUUCCGGCGCAGCGACUGGAGGGAGUCGGCCUGCAUGGCUCGGUCUUUGAAGCUGCUACAUGCAUCCCUGCAGUGUCAGAGGUUUCACACAGCUGGGAGUUACUACAAGGGUCGGACCGGUGCUGAACACCUGUGGCUGACGCGGCAUUUGAGGGACCCAUAUGUGAAGGCAUCGAAAGUGGAGAGUUAUCGGUGCCGAAGUGCCUUCAAGCUCCUGGAGAUGGAUGAGAGGCACCGGAUCCUGCGGCCCGGUCUCCGAGUGUUAGACUGCGGGGCGGCCCCCGGGGCGUGGAGCCAGGUGGCUGUGCAGAGGGUUAACGCUGCAGGCACAGAUCCUGGCACUCCUGUUGGCUUUGUGCUUGGGGUAGAUCUUCUUCACAUAUUCCCCCUGGAAGGAGCAACUUUCCUGUGCCCUGCUGAUGUGACUGACCCGGGAACUCUGCAGAGAAUCCAGGAACUGCUUCCUGGUGGGAGAGCAGACGUGAUUCUGAGUGACAUGGCACCCAACGCCACGGGGAUCCACAGCCUGGAUCAUGACAGGCUCAUUCGCCUGUGCUUGUCCCUUCUGGACCUGGCUGCAGUUGUCCUGCACCCCGGUGGCACGUUCCUCUGCAAAACAUGGGCUGGAAGUCAAAGCCUUGCAUUACAGAAGAGACUGACAGGGCAGUUCCAGGGUACCAGGACCAUAAAACCCAGAGCCAGCAGAAAGGAGUCGUCAGAGGUGUACCUCUUGGCCACACAAUACCAAAGAGGGAUGGGGUGUGCAGAGGCCUGAGAUGUUCUGCUAUUUCCCAGCUUGUUCACUCCAGGGUCGUCUGAGCUCUUGCUUGAAGUAUGACUAGGGGUGGGGUGGAGUGGUCUUGAUCCAGGAUGCAGCAGGCAGGACAAGUGGGGGGCCUUUGUUUUAAGCACAAAGAUACAACAGAACCAUAUUUGCUGGCCAUGAUGUAUGAUCAGAAACAGUUUCUAGAACAUGAUUAGUGAAGAGGACCUCAGGAGACGUAGGCGGAGAGGCAAAGCUGAGAAGAUGGUGGGAAGGAGCCUGUGGCACACAUGGCCUUGGUAUAACCUUGCAACUGUCAGGUCUCCACCCUUGCUGCCCCGCCACCGACUGGACCGCAACACCCAGGCUUCUCGUCGUUUUGCUCAUAUGGUGUAGCAUAUGAAAAUCUGAACUUUCAACUUGGAAUUCAUUUCCACCUCUCUGGUGGAUGAUGUGGAUUAAUUCUUUCCUCAAGCAGCAGGAGUCCCUCUCAAUUAGGGAAGGCAAUUUGAUAUGAAUUAUCAGGGGGUUAGUGUACUUUCUAUAGUGGCUGGAAACACGUUGCUGUAAUCUUUGGAGCUCCCAAGACUGGCAGCGGCCAGAGCAAGCAGCCAUACAGUGUGUCCGUUUAUUUCCUUUUACUCUCUUCCAGGAACUCAAUGCAGUGUUACAAAACAAUGUAGAGUAUAUGAUUUUAAGAGAU